CGCCAGGACGUGCCGCUUCUUACUCUGACUGAUCUGCACACUUCCUUCAUGAUGGAGCACCACUUAAGACGCCAGACCUCUCAAAACUAUGGUUUUUCUGCAAUGACAGGAUUCACUCCUGGACCUGUACAAAUUAGAAGGGCCUACGCACAUAGUGUCAGCGGAGGAGCAGGCGGCCAUGGAACCAGGAUCUCCAGCGCCAACUAUGGCGGAAGGGUUAGCGGUGGCUUCGGCAGCGGGUUUGACUACCAGUCCUCUAGUUCCACCUCUGGGACCCUGGCCAUUGGGAACGAGAAGGUUGCCAUGCAGCACCUCAACGACCGUCUGGCCAGCUACCUGGAGACGGUGAGGAAUCUAGAGAAGGCCAACCACCACCUGGAGAUCAAGAUCAGAGAGACCAUCGAGAAGAGAGGCCCCUUGGAGGGGAGGGACUAUGGCAAGUACAACGCCAUCAUCUCGGACCUGAGGGCCAAGAUCCUUGACAUGAUCAAGGGCAACACCCAUCUUCAUAUCGCUCUUGACAAUGCAAGCCUUGCUGCAGACGACUUCAGGGGCAAGAUGGAGUAUGAGCUGUCCAUGCGGCAGACGGUGGAGGCUGACGUUGCCAGACUGAGGAAGCUCCUGGAUGACACCAACGUAAUACGAAUGCACCUGGAGACCGACAUCGAGUCGCUGAAAGAAGAGCUGAUCACCCUGAAAAAGAACCAUGCGACAGAUGUUGCAGAACUGCGUGCCCAGAUCAGUCAGGCUGGCGUCCAGGUGGAUGUCGAUGCUCCUAAAGGGCAUGAUCUGUCCAAAAUUAUGGAGGAGAUUAGAGCUAAGUACGAGAGGAUAGCACUGAAGAACCAGGAGGAGCUCAAAGCAUGGCACGAUUCUCAGAUUACAGAGGUGCAAGUCCAAGUGACAGAAAGCUCAACAGCUCUGAAGGAGAGCACAACUAUUCUGACUGAAACCAGGAGGCGGUAUCAGGGCCUGGACAUUGAACUGCAGUCUGCGCUUAGUCUGAAAGCGUCCCUGGAGGCCACCCUGCGUGACAUCGAAAAGCGUUACAGCAUGGAGUUGGAGAAGUAUAACGUAAUCAUCGUAAAGCUGCAGGAGGAGCUGUCUCAGAUCCGCAUCGACAUCCAGCACCACGCAAGGGAGUACGAGCACCUGCUCAACAUCAAGGUGAAACUGGAGGCUGAGAUUGCCGAGUACAGGAGGCUGCUGGAUGGUGAAUUGAGACUGGAGGAUGCAGUUGACUCGAAGACAGUCCAAACCAAAGUGGUGACACUCACUCAGACUUUGGUUGAUGGCAAAGUGGUGUCAGAAAGCAAGGACGUCAAAUCCAGCGAAAAUGUUGUGUAACAUGACAAUGCUAUGUAACUAUAUUUCCAUGAAUCUCUGUCUGUGUCUAUGAGUCUGUUCUUUGCACAUCUCAACGAUGAAACAUCCCGUCUACAUCUGUAUCGCAGGGGACCUGAGGAGGUGCAGUGUCGAGUUUGAAGAAAUUAAGUUUUGGCCCGUUUACGCUGUCACAUGAUGAUGUCACAUUCUGUUAAGACAUAUGCAGAGAUUGGAGAAACGAGUUAUUAUAAACCGAAAAAAAUAAGAAAACCUUGUCAUCGAAAAUAAAAAGAACCACAAAAAAAAUGCA